UCAGGUAUCUUCAAGCAGACGGAUUGGAACCGAGAGAGGAACGAAUGGUCCGUUCCGUGGGUGCACACACGUACUAGGUGCGGUGUUUAUGGCCUGUGUGGACCGUUUGGGAUUUGCAAGGAGUUGGGUUCGCUGACAUGUGUCUGUUUGAGAGGGUUCGAACCCAAGUCGAUCGAUGAAUGGAGUAAUGGGAACUGGUUAGGUGGGUGUGUGAGAAAAACCCCGAUAAAUUGUAGUAGUGAAGAGGGGAAUGGAGAUGGAUUUUGGAAGAUUGGAGGGGGUGAAAAUGCCGGAUUUUACAGAUUGGAAGCGUGGCGUGGAUGAUGCAAAGGCCUGUAAAGAUAAGUGUCUGAAGAACUGUUCUUGUGUCGCCCAUGCGUAUGUUAGCGGUAUCGGGUGCAUGAAUCGGGGUGGAGAUUUGAUGGAUAUUGAAGAAUUCAGUUCUGGUGGAGAGAAUUUAUACAUACGUUUGGCAGAUUCGGAACUAGGUGGAAAGAGAGGUAUUAAGGCAAUUAUCAUAGUAGUAAUGGUGGUUUUAGGAUUACUUAUCAUUGUUCUGUGUGCCUACAUUUAUAGGAGCUGGACGACUAAACAAAGAGAGUCAGGAAGGCAGAGCAGAGAGCAGGCAUGUAGAAAUUCUUUGGAUGAAGAUAUAUUACUGAGACGCAUGGUCCACGAAACAGAAGGCCCCGAACUACCUAUGCUCGAUUUCAGGAUCAUAGCAAACUCAACGGACCAUUUUAGUCACGCAAAUAAGCUUGGAGAAGGAGGUUUUGGUCCUGUUUACAAGGGAAAUUUGCAAAGCGGAGUGGAAAUAGCUGUGAAGAGGCUCUCAAAGAGCUCUGGACAGGGCUUAGAAGAGUUCAAGAACGAGGUUAAACUGAUAUCCAAGCUCCAGCACAGGAAUCUUGUUAGGAUUUUGGGAUGUUGCAUUGAAGGAGAAGAAAAGCUGUUGAUAUAUGAGUACAUGCCCAACAAAAGCUUGGAUGCCUCUCUCUUUGAUCCAAGCCAACAAUCAGUACUAGAUUGGGCCAAACGCUUCCACAUUGUGGAAGGGAUUGCUCGAGGGCUUCUUUAUCUUCAUCAAGAUUCGAGAUUGAAGAUUAUUCACAGAGAUCUCAAAGCAAGUAAUAUUCUACUAGAUGAAGGCUUGCAACCAAAAAUAUCAGAUUUCGGUAUGGCAAGGAUUUUCGGAGGAGAUCAGAAUCUAGCAAGAACAAACAGGGUUGUGGGUACGUAUGGUUAUAUGUCCCCGGAGUAUGCUAUGGAAGGACGGUUUUCAGAGAAAUCUGAUGUCUUUAGCUUUGGGGUCUUGUUGUUAGAGAUUGUGAGUGGUAAGAGGAACUCUGGAUCUUUUCACCAUGAAGACUCUCUAAGUUUGUUGGGUUAUGCAUGGCUACUGUGGAACCAAAACAAGGUGUUGGAGAUGAUUGAUCCGGGGUUGGGAGGCACAUUUUCACAAUCUGAAGUGCUGAGAUGCAUCCAUAUAGGGCUCUUGUGUGUGCAACAGUUUGCGAUAGAUAGGCCCACCAUGGCAUCUGUAGUUUUCAUGCUUGGCAGCGAUAUCGCAAAUUUUCCUACUCCAAAACAACCUGCGUUUACUGAAAGGAGAAACCCGUUGGAAUCAGAUUCGUCACAAAGGAGCCGCAAAAUAUGCUCAGUGAAUGAAGUCACUGUUACCAUCAUCCAGGGCGGAUAACACAGAAAUUUCACCUACUUGCAAUAGUAUUAUUUUGGACCUGACUCUCUGUAGUGCUAAUGUGGCAGACUUGUAAGAGAUCCAGUCCAUUUAUCAAGUGAACUCAACUGAAUUCGUGUCAUUGGCCAAAAAAUCCAUCCAAUUAGGGUACCGGGUGGACCACACGUCUUUACAUGCAAACUCUUGACCAUUAUAUGAUUUGAAAUGCCCUCAUAGUUAGGGUUUUGUCAAGAAGACAAUUAUACCAGAAAACUGGGAGAAAAUUAUAUGUUAUUUACUAACCCCAACAUGGAUAUAUAUA